AGGUGACUCAUGUUGACGAUCUUUACUACUACUGCAUAGCUCACCCGGGCCUAUGCCACCUAUUCCGCCCACCUAAUCAAUUCAGUGACUGUCGAGCUGUACAUAUUCUGCUAUGUGUAUGACCAAGUCUGCAGUGCCAGCUAUACGAUCCCCGGAACUUAAUCAGCCCAUGGAACAAGAUUACGGCUAGUGCCGAUAAGCACCUGACAAGUGGCACUGACUGCGCAGUGCGCGCGGCUUGCGUCUCACCUCGACUGGUCUUGUUCGACGAUGUCCUCAGACAUUCUCCGGGACAUUGCCACCGGACAACUGACUGACUAUGUCGUAGCGCAUGGACGCAGUCAGUACAGCGGCGCCGGGGGCCUAUCGGCUUGCGGGCUCGCCGCGAUGAACUGCGCGAGACUUGUACUUCUCAAGGAACGCGCAGAUCUACGCGGCGAUGCACUUCUUGAGGAGAUAAUGAAGGAAUCUACAACCGAUGAGGUGUUAAGCAUCUGUGAACGUUGGUCAAGCGUGUCGCAUCUUGAUAUCGAAGAUAUCAUAAGGUCUUCCAUAUUCAAUCGCUCCCUGAAACUUCUGGUGGUGGAUUACGGUCGAAGUGACUACAGUGGCUUUACCAGGCUGCUGGAGCGCCUCAGGAAUGAGAGCAACAGGCGCGGAAAAUCCUCUUGCGCAGUCAUCACUCGUCCACCGGAAAUUGUCGCCUGCCUCUGUAUUAGCCAUCCAGAUGGAGAGUUCUAUGUCAUAUUUGACUCUCAUCCGCGGCCAGGAGCUCACCCAGAUAGUGCGGCGUUCAUAUUUAACAAGUCAGCCUUUGCUACGGCAACUUACCUGUCGAAUCUACUCCGCUACGACUCGUCUCUUGUCUCGGACCGAGACUUCGGAUGGCAGACCCAGCUGCUGGGCAACUUCUCAGGACAUUUGGUCGUUGCACAGGCUGACACGGAGCUGGAAGGGGCGGAAUACUGGGCUAGCACGGCCAUGGAAGCAAGUCUCGAGGGUCUUGCUCUUCAUGCUGACCAGGCGCAGCUGAAGGCCGAGAACGAGUCGUUGAAGGCGGACAUCGCGCGCUUACGGGAUCAGAUCGCGAGGCUCCAGAGACCGCAGCGCGCACAAUCGGUCUGGUCGGAGGCAAAAAGAUCGUAUCCUGCACCAUAUCCUGAUGAUACGCAACCUACGAAGCGAGCCAGCUUCAUUUCCUCACUCGCUCAACAGGGUAGCAGCGCUAUCGCCGUUGCUCGGUCGUACACAUCCUCUCUAUCUCGCUCGCCAUCUCAGUCGCAGCCUAGCACCAUGAAGAGCGCGCCCUUGACUAGUGCCUCGUCGCGCAGCAGCCAACAGUCCGUUCCUACUAUGCCUUCACCUGUGACGGUGGACCCGACAAACGGCGCCAAAAUAGAACGCGACUUGCACCGCGGCUAUGACGAGACCGCGGACGACCUCGCAUUUGCACUGGCGCAACAGCACAUGUAUGAUGAAGAGCACCGGGAUCUAGAGAGGGAGCGAGAGCGUAUCUCACUCUCGCAGUCGUUCACAUGCAAUAUCUGCUUGGACAGGCAUUCUCACGAAGAUGCAGCACAGGUCGAUAAUUGUGCGCAUACAUUCUGUCGGGACUGUAUCCGAGGCCACGUCUCGUCGCAGAUCGGACAACGUCUCUAUCCCAUCGUAUGUCCACUCUGCAGCACCGAAAAGGGCGAGCGAGAGCCUACAGUGCUCAGCGACGGAUUUGUGCAGCAGCUUGGACUAUCUGAGGAGGAUUAUGUCAUCUUCGUGGAACUAGAGAUGGCGUCAUUCUCGAUGUUGCUACACUGCCGGGGCUGUGACAAGUCGUUCUUCGUAGUCAAAGACGAACUAGACAGCAUCAACGUCAUCACGUGUCCUCUCCCUGGAUGCGGAAAGUCCUGGUGUAAGACAUGCAGUCAUUUCAUUGACGAUAUUAGUCAGACGCAUACCUGCGAUGGUACAGCGGAGUUGCAGAGGUUGAUGGGGGAUAAAGGAUGGAAAUACUGCCCAGGUUGUCGGACACCAGCAGAGAAGAUAGGCGGGUGCAAUCAUAUGGCGUGCAAAUCUCCCGGUUGUAACACGCAUUUUUGCUACCUGUGUGGCGAGGCCAUUGUCACGUCCGUCAAUACACACGACGUUAAUCGCGCGCUGUCCAGACAUUACGCAGGGUGUCAACAAUUCUAAGUAGUCACCGACCGUAGUGAAUUGCCAUAGCUUCGUGCGCCCUCUUCCCAGCGAGAGACAUAAUGCGUGCAUCCACCUUAUCGCGAUUCUCCCUGCUGGUCCCGGCCACAUUCUAAUCACAUAAAAGUGUGGAAAUAAAAUGUGCACUGCCGUAAUUU